AUGGUGCGGAAAAAAAAAAAACCCGCGUCAACCGGAGCUAGACCCAAACAGCAGGUAUCGUCCGUCCCUGUCUCUCGCACUACGUGCGCCAUUUGUAAGAGCGGGAACGAGCACAAGGUUAGUGCGUGCUCAAAGUUUUUAGCCGCGACGAUAUCUGAGCGUUGGGACUUAGUGAAGGGUGCUAGAUUGUGCUAUAGAUGUUUAGACGUGAAUCACCGUAGGCCGUUUAAGUGUAAAUACGUCGCGUGCGGUGUAAACCAGUGCGAAGCCGGACACAGUAAGCUGUUACACGGACUGAACGCGGCCGCGCCCGCGAACGGUAACAGUACGCCGGCCGUAUCUGUAAACAAUAUUAGACUCCCGCAAACGUAUCUCAAAGUCAUGCCUGUGGAGGUGUCGGGACCUUUAGGUACCGUACAAACCCUCGCGCUAUUAGACGAAGGCGCGGCAAUGACUUUAAUGCUGCACGAGACAGCCGAUAAAAUCGCGCCUCGCGUACGCGGAGAGACGUUAGAAAUUGAAGGAAUAGGCGGCGUAGUUAGAGACCCAGACUCGUACGCGCUACAGGUCGCGAUUAGGGGUUUUUGUAGCCGACAUUUGGAGUUAAUGGAGGUGCUCACGAUAGGCGAUAUAGGUAUAGGUUCGCAAGGCGUACCACGUGACUUAGUAGACAAGUGCGAACAUUUGUCGAAAAUCGCGGACGAGUUAAGUUACCCUACGGCCGUACCUACUAUCGUGAUAGGUCAAGAUAACUGGCACCUCAUCAUUUCUCGGCAAGUCAUAGACGGCCCGCCUAACCUUCCCGUCGCGAGUCUAACCAGAUUAGGAUGGGUUCUACACGGCCCAGACCGAACGCGUCGCGCCGCGGUAAAUUUUGUGGGGCAUGCACGGCCUAAAACCGCGGACGACGAAGCUUUAGAGCUCAUGAAACGGCAUUUCGACAUAGAAUCGUUAGGCGUUUCACAAAAGUUGCCUCGGGCCGAUCCCGACCAACGAGCGCUAGACUUAUUAAAAGCCACGUGCGAUAAGAUACCGGGGGAGAACCGGUAUCGAGCGGGCUUAUUAUGGCGAACCGACGACGAAAAACUCCCCGAUAACCGAGCGCAAGCAUUAAAGCGGCUACUCAGUCUAGAACGUAAACUAGACCGCGACGAAAAGUUGAAAGCCGAAUAUGCGAAACAUAUGAAUAAUUUGCUCGAUAAAGGUUACGCGGAGAAGAUGGAUUCGCCCCCGCCUCCCGAUGCACCUCGGACGUGGUACCUAGCGCAUUUCCCCACAUUUCACCCGCAACGUGGUAAAAUGAGGCUAGUUUGGGACGCGGCUGCCACAGCAUACGGUCGCUCACUGAACAGCGCGCUGCUGGCCGGCCCCGACCUGUUAGAAUCACUUUUUGGCGUAUUAGUGCGCUUCCGCGAAGGCAAAAUCGCGGUAAUAGCCGACGUCAAAGAGAUGUUUUUGCAAAUCGAAAUUUUAGAGCGCGAUCGCGAUGCGUUACGUUUCGUUUGGAGGGGGGAAGACCGUACUUCUCCACCGCAAGAGUACAGAAUGAAGCGGCUAAUAUUUGGAUCGGCAGCGUCGCCGACAACCGCUUUAUAUGUCAAAAACGAAAACGCAAAAACGCAUAGUGCUGAAUUUCCGAUCGCAGCUGAAAAAACAAUUAAAAAUACGUACAUGGACGACAUGUUAAUCGCCCUCGACACGUCCGAGGAGGACGCCAGACGCGUAGUAAACGACAUUUACGAGCUAAACAUGCGCGCGUCAUUCGAACUCCGCGGGUUCGCGUCGAACCAUCCUGCGGUAAUUGCUGACGUAGUUAACAGCAAAGAGGAAACGUCUUUGUUAGGCGCGAACGAGAGCGAACGUACCUUAGGUUUGAAAUGGAAUCACAAGCGUGACACCUUAGGUUUCAACGUGAACUUUCGUAAUACGCCCGAAGACGUACUUAACGGUCAGAAAUUACCUACAAAGCGACAGGUAACGAGUAGCGCGAUGUCAAUAUUCGAUCCGAUCGGUUACGUAAGCCCCAUAUCCGUCUUAGGCAAGGCGUUAAUGCAAGAGAUAUGGAGGACCGGAAUCGGUUGGGACUCGCCUAUACCCGUCUCACUCGCACCCGCGUGGCGAUCGUUCAUCGAAAACGUACAACAAUUACGGGACUUAGAAAUUCCGCGACACGUGCCCGCAUUUAAUAGGGAGGCAUAUAUGCAUGUUUUUUGCGACGCGAGCGAAAAAAUAUAUGCCGCGGCCGUGUAUCUGGUUAGCGUCAACCCCGAGGGGAUUAGAACUUCCGCGUUAGUAGCCGCUAAGGCCCGCGUUUCGCCUCUCCGGGUAGUGAGCAUUCCGAGAAUGGAAUUGCAGAGCUGCGUACUAGCCACGAGAUUAGCGGAAACCAUAGUCAAGGAGUCAGAUUACGUAGUAAAGGAAAAGUUUUUUUGGUCUGACUCUAAAACGGCGCUCACGUGGAUACGUGCGGACCCACGUAGGUAUAAAACGUUCGUGGCACACAGGUUGGCAGAAAUAGAGAACACUACCACCCCCGCCAACUGGCGCUGGGUGCCUAGUGCAGCCAACGUGGCUGACGACGCGACCCGCGGAAUACCUGCGCAAUUUGGAGUGAACCACCGGUGGUUCAUAGGGCCCGAUUUUAUACGUAAACCCGAAGAGCAUUGGCCGACCGAGAAAACGCCCACGCCCGUCGCCGAUACGGGCGAAGAGCGCGUUAGCAAACUCGUAUGCUCAGUAGGUGUCGCGAAAAAUAAGUUUGAGUACCUACCGGAAGUAGGUAGAUUUUCAAAGUUCGUACGACUAGUUCGCGCCACCGCUAGGGUUCUGGUUGCCGCCGAGGCUUUUAAAGCCUCAUUGCUAUCCCAGAAAACAGACACAGAAAUGAACAAAGGGCAUGUAAAUCUAGCAGAAAUUUUGCUAAUUCGCCGGAGUCAGCAUGCUGCCUUUCCAGAGGAGAUUAAGCUACUGGAAACUGGGCGGCCUCUACCGAAGAAGUCUCCGCUGCAUAAGAUAGCAAUACGACUGGAUAAGAACGGAGUCAUCGUGCUGAACGCCAGAAUAGACAAAGACGUGCACAUCCCCGUUCUGUACGCAAAAGAAGAUUUUGUCAAACUGCUGAUAUAUCAUUUCCAUGCGCUCUUCGACCACGGUAACCACGCAACCGUAAUCAACGAAUUAAAGCAGAGAUAUUUUAUCAUCGGGCUGCGCGGUAAUAUUCGCUAUAUAGCGAACAAGUGCCAAUGGUGUCGGACCUAUAAAGGAACCACACUCAAGGUUCCUGUAGGCGACCUCCCGCCAGAGAGGCUCCAGGCGAAUCAACCGCCAUUUACCGCCACAGCCGUAGACCUGUUUGGCCCUAUGCAAAUCACGAUAGGCCGUCGCCGCGAAAAGAGAUGGGGUGUAUUAUACACAUGCCUCACGACACGCGCUGUGCACUUAGAGCUUGCCGCCUCACUUUCGGCAUCCUCUAUGAUACUCUCCUUGCGCAGAAUGAUAGCGCGACGCGGCACGCCCACGGUUCUAUACUCUGACAACGCCACCAACUUUUACGGCGCAGAGCGAGAACUGGCAGAGGCCAAGAAGACGCUGCCCGACAACUUAAAGCCAUUUUUGAUCGAGCGAGCCAUAACCUGGAAAAAGAUACCGCCCGGCAACCCUUCCGCCGGCGGCGCAUGGGAACGGCUCGUAGGCAGCGUGAAAAGGUCACUAAAAGUAACACUCAAAGAGAGAGCACCUCAUGAAGAAGUGCUGCACACAUUGCUGCUGGAAGCCGAGCACAUAGUGAACUCUCGACCGUUGACGCCAGUAAAUCCAGACUUAGACAGUGAAGCCCUGACGCCAAACCAUUUUCUCAUCGGUCGAUCAAGCUCCAUGUCACCACUGGGCGUCUUCACAGAUGCAACUAUGACACUCUCGUCAUGGAAGACAGCGCAGACCUUAGCCGACCAUUUUUGGAGGCGCUGGCAGAAGGAAUACCGACCCAGCCUCCUCCCUCGGCCCGGUGCUCAUCAGAACGCGAAGAAACUACAUAUAGGCGACGUAGUCAUAGUCGCGGACAGCUCCAUGCCAAGAGGAACAUGGCCUAGAGGCGUAAUCGCACAACUCUUUCCCGGCCCUGAUGGCCACGUAACAGCAGCCAGCGAGCCAGCCAGCGUGUUCCAGCCUGCGUGA